GAAACACAUACUCCCUGCUCUUCAACGAGCGAAGGUAGUUUCUGGUCAAUUUAUCCUAAAAUUUUACGAAGUCCCUACGUAUGAAAAGACGUUUUACUUCGAUGCUUGAUGCCAACAUCGAAUUACCAUGUCGAAAGAACUAUUUAAGAAAGAUUUAUACGGCAUCUUGAAUGUCACAGAAGAUGCCACAGAGAAAGAAAUUCUGAAAGGAUAUCGCAAAAAGGCGUUGAAAUGCCAUCCUGAUAAGAACCCGGACAACCCGAAGGCAGCAGAACUGUUCCAUGAACUGUCCAGUGCUCUUGAAAUAUUGACCGACGCUGCAGCCCGGGCUGCGUAUGAUCAGUCUAGAAAAGCCAAAAAGGCAGCAGAUGAGAGAAAUAAAGUAUUAGACAGCAAGCGUAAAAAGUUCAAGGAAGAUCUAGAGGCAAGAGAACAGGCAGCUUUCGAACAAUCAAAAAAAGUGGAUGAGGUGGAAGCUGAAAGGAAGCUUCAGCGUGAGAUUGAACGUCUCAGAAAAGAAGGAUCAAGGCUGCUGGAACAGGAGCAGGAGCGUCUCAAAGAAGAGUUGAAGAAAGCCACAGUGCAACAGGAGGUGGACACUGACUGCUCCGGGGAAUGUCCUCGGAUCAAGCUCAAGUGGCAAGCCAAAAAGGGAGAUCCUAACAAUGGCGGAUACAAUUCUCAGAACCUGAACGAUAUUCUGAGUUGCUACGGGACUGUCAGUGCGCUUAUCGUAUCUGCUAAGCGAAAUGGUAGUGCUAUUGUUGAGUUUGGCAGUCCAGACGUUGCAGUUGAUAUUCUGGACGAGACGGGGCUGAAAGAUAAUCCCUUCUCUAUCUUGUGGUUGUCUGGAAAGCCUACUGCAAGUCAUCCUGCGGAGUCAAGGACAGAAAGUUUAAACAAUGACCAUUUCCAAGUUCCCAAUUUUUGUGACUCUUCCGUUAACUUCAGUAAUGGUGGACCUGAGGUUCGAUCAACGUCAAGCUCGGUACAAGACAGUUUGACAGAAGAGAAGCUCACUGUAGAUGGUGAUGAUGAUGGUGGGAACAAAGAUUUUGAAAGUUUAGUGUUGAGGAGAAUGAGGCAGGCUGAGGAAAGAAAGAGACUGAUUGAACAAAUGAUGAAAGAGGAUGAGAAUGAUACUUAAUUGAUUCUUUGUUAUAAUUUCUCUCAAGAUGUAAGAAGUGAGUUGCCAGGGUGGUUGUGUGACAGAGACGUCACUGAUCAUGAAUGCUUGUGUCUUGCAGGAUUAAGUUGAUGUGUUUUAUACGUACCUCUAUGACUUGCCGUCUCAGAAAUUGAUUCAAUCAUAAUCAUAGCAAUAUUCUGAAAUUGUCAUGACUUGAGUAGUGAACUGAAUUAUUUAAAUGAAAUAGAAUUAAAAUUUCAAAUA